AUGGGGAGCACCAACGUGAUCAAGGCCACCAAGGCCGCCAUCAAAGAAUGCCCUCGGGAGAUAUUCAACUUUUACCUGUUGGCGUGCGCAUGCAUUUGGAGUUUUUCUGGUGUUGCCUUUCACUGCCGCUAUUCGCGGGCGGUGUGGAGAAACUGGCCGUGGCCUAAUAACGACCGGCCAGCCGGGCCGCCAAAUCGCGCCCAACGCUGGAAAUUCUUCCAGACAAGCUUCGGGCAACCGAAAAGCUUUGAGGCGUUUUCGAUAGCCACCAACUACUUCAGCGCCCGCCCCAGAGCGGCCCGCCAGCGCCCCGCGCGCCACGAACGCACUUUACGCCUAGGGACACCGAUCCCGUCAGACGAACCCUCCGUGCACCUUAGGCACGGGGUCGCCCCGGCGUUAAAUAAUACUACUACUACUACUACUACUACUACUUCUGGUGUUGCCAAGGGUUUCGACGAGGGCAACAUCGCCUCGGUCGUCGUCCUGCCCGUGUUCAAGAAGCGGUUCAACCUCCAGAGCCUCAACGAAAAAGACUAUGCCGACACCAAGGGAUGGAUCGUCGCCAUCGCCACGGCCGGUGCCGUCUUUGGCUGCCUCGCCUGCGUCUACCUCACCCAGCGCCUGGGACGCAGGUUGACCUUUCAGAUGCUCACCUUGAUCUACAUUGCCGGAGUGUUGGGGCAGACCUUUUCCAAUGGUAACUUGGGUGCACUCUACGCGUCCAGGGUCAUUGCUGGCAUUGGUAUUGGUGCAACGACUGUCAUUCCGUCCAUCUAUAUUGCAGAGAUUGCUCCUCAAUCUAUUCGUGGAUUGUUGACUGUGCAGUAUGCUUGUUGUCAACAGUUGGGUGUUGUCCUCGGCUUCUGGGUCAACUACGGCUGCACCAAGAGCUUCGCCGACACCGAGAAGCAAUGGAUGCUUCCCACCGCCCUCCAGCUCGUCCCGGCCGUCAUCUGGCUCGUCGGCUGCUCCUUCACCCCCGAGACCCCCCGUUUCCUCCUCAGCCAGAACAAACGCACCGAAGCCUUGGCCACCCUCGUUCGCUUCCGCAACCUGCCCGAGGACCACCCGUACGUGCGCAACGAGUUUGCGCGCAUCGAGGACCAGCUGAACCUCGAGCUCGAGCUGGCCGCCGGCAGCACCUUUCUGGACCUGGUCAGGGAGACGUUUGCCACGGUCGAGAACCGCCGCCGCUUCUUCCUCAUGUUCUUCUGCCACGUGUUUGGGCAGUGGUCCGGCGCCAACGGCAUCACGCAGUACAGCCCGACCGUGCUCGGCUACCUGGGCAUCACGGGCACCGAGGCGAGCUUCCUGGCCACGGGCGUCUACGCCAUCGUCAAGUUCGCAUCCGUGCUCGUCUUCUCGCUCUUCAUGAUCGACUUCAUCGGCCGCCGCCGCUCCCUGAUCUCGGGCAUCACGCUGCAGAUCCUCACCCUCGGCUACAUCGGCGCGUACCUGGGCGUGACCACCGGCUGGAGCGCCGAGCGCAUCGAGUCCACCCCCGCCGCGCUGGGCGCCAGCCGCAUGGCCAUCGUGGCCAUCUACUUCCACGCCGUGGCCUGGAGCAUCGGCUGGUUUUCCAUCCCGUACCUGGUCUCGGCCGAGAUCUUCCCGCUGCGCAUCCGCUCGCUCAACGUCUCGGUCGGCAUGGCCGUGCACUGGGCCAACUACUUUGGCUGCUCGCGCGCCAUGCCGUCGCUGCUGGUGGGCACGAACCGGUACGGCGCCUUUGUAUUCUUCUGCUGCAUCUGCAUCGUUUCGCUGUGCUACGUCUACUUUGCCAUGCCCGAGACGGCCGGCAGGUCGCUCGAGAGCAUGGACAAGCUCUUUGACCACCCCUGGUACGAGGUGCACAAGUAUGCGUACCCCAGGCCCGAGGACCUGAAGCAGGAGAUGAGGACGGACAAGGAGCUUCGCUUGGACGAGGAGAAGGCUGAUGAGGCGGCUGCUGGCAAGACGAAGCACACAGAAUAA